AUGGAGAGCUGUGGCAGGCGACGACAGCAAGAUCCUCGACGGAACAAGGCGAACGCCAGGGAACGCCAUAGGAUGCAUGGUUUGAACGCGGCACUCGACCGGCUCAGAAGUCGCAUUCCGCUCAAGAACGCGCGUACCAGCUCCCAGCAAAAGCUCUCCAAGAUCGAGACGUUGCGCCUGGCACAUAAUUACAUCUUUGCGCUAUCCCAAAUCCUCGCUGAGGGCCGUCCCAUGGAAAGAACCCGGCUUUUGCACGUUUUGGCCCGCGGGCUGAGCCAAGCCACAAUCAACCUGCUCACUGCCUCACUGGGGCUUGGUCCCAUUCACUGUCAGAACUCACCGCCUUGUGCCUGCUCCUGGAACAUGGCGUCGCAGCCACUGAGCGGUUACGCAGCCAACUGGUUCAUGCAAGACACCAACGCGGUGUCAGGACGAAGAUACAACGUCCCUCAACAGCAGCAACAAAGUAUCAGGGAGAAGUUGUAA